AUGGAGGGGGCGGGGCCUGGCCCGGCCUGGAGGCGCCACGUGCGCCGGGAGCUGGAGCGGCGGGAACGCGAGACGCGACGGCUGCAGGGCCUGGUGCAGAGCCAUGAGAAACUCCUGGAGCGCAGGGACCUGGAGCGGCUGUUGGUAGAGAAACUUCAGCUGGAGCCUGGGACCCAGGAAUCCAGGGCCCCCCUGGAGCUGGCGUUGCUGCAGCAGGCGGUGGAGCUGGCGGAGCUGCGGGGGGCUCAAGAGGAGCUGGCCCAGAGCGUGGCCCACCUGAGCGACGCCCUGAAACGCAGCGAGACCGAAUGCCAGGAGCAGCGGGCCAGGGCAGGGCGCUGUGCCCGGGAGCUGGCGGGGCUUGCGGGGUGCUGCCAGGAGCUGCAGGCCCAGCUGUGGGAGCAGGGCCAGGAGGCCGAGGGGCUGCGAGCGGCGCUGGGGGCCGCACUGCGGGCGCGGGACCAGCUGGAGGCCCGGUGGGUGCAGGAGAAGCAGCUGGAGGCGCAGAGGGUGAACGAGACCAACGCCCGGGAGGAGAGGUAUCGGGACCAGCUGUCACGCCUGCGUCAGAAGCUGGAGAGGAUGCAGCUGGGAGGAACGGCUGGGCAGCAGUGGGGCUGUGCCCUGGGGGCAGCUCAUCCCCUGGGAGAGGAGGAGAAAUGGAUGGUGAGGGACCAGAUCCAGCGCCCGGACCCGCUGCUGAGCUGGACAGAGAUGCCCCUUAAGUGGCUGCACCAGGGAACCCCUGUUCCGGGGAGCAUUGGGGGCGUGUCUGGCUCCAGAUGUGGCCAGUGCAUCCCGCCCCCCAUUCCCACAAGGCUCAUUAACCUGGCCCUUGUAUGCAAACGCUGCCUUGUCCUCAUCUCUAUCUUUGAAUAUGCAUUGUGCUCAUUUGCAUAAAUGCUCCCUUUCCCCUGGA